AUGCCCGGUCCAAGUGACUUUGCAUUUACAGCGUCAUCAUCGUCAUCGCCGUCGUCUUUUUUCACGUCGCCUUCCGAACAUCCUACGCAUCCCCGUUAUCGUAAUCGGACAUCUCACGCCUCGUCAUGUGAUGCGCCUGGGCCAUCACGACUGCGACCUGUGGAUAUGUCGUUCGGACAGGCCUCCUCUUAUGAUGACCAGGACUCUGACGAGAUGUCCAGGGAAGGCGAUGAGCAUGCUGCUUUGCGCACGGAUGUUGACGAGUUUCCGAUAGUAGCAACAAUAUCAGAAUCUCACGAUGUCGGCUUGACUCCAACAAAUGACAUGGGCUCGAGCGAUGCGGGUAUCUCCGCCUUCACCGCUGUAUCUCAAUACCCGAACGCUUUUGACAACGACACGAAUGCUCUCGCCGUCACAGAAGUCGUUAACGCCGUCAUCGGACGGGAAGAGUAUCUUCGAGGAGAGGGGAGGCACGUCCGAGCAGCAUCAGUCGGCCGCUCGCCGUCCCCGCCAGCGGAUCUGUAUAUGUCUGAUUCAGAAACAACUGAUGUUCUGGGUCAUCAAGGUGGAGUGCCUAUCGGACCAUACAUGGCCGGUGGCAGAAUGACCAUGGACAGUAUCCUGGCCAACGAUCCAGCUCUGGAACACCACUUUUCUACCAUUCCCGAAGAAAGCGACGAGGACGAUGUGGGCGAUUUGAUUAUGGACUACGAGUCACCAAUGCCGCGAGAUGGGUUUAGCGUCUCCGACCAUGAGGAUGAUCCCGACGAUACGCAAAAGUUUUAUGUGGAUCAUGACGAUGACUAUUACGAAGAGCACAUCGAGCGUCCGCGGACGCGCGAAGCUACCGCGCAACUCACGGAUGUCGACUUCAACGAUUUCUACCGGGCAUUCGACUAUGAUCCGCUGCUGGUGAUGGAAGCAGCCCCUACUGGUAAUCACGGCGAUCACACCAAUUUUCCAGAAGGCGAGGCGACGGGAGGGCUACCAGGGAUAGACCUUGGCCACCUUCCUGCAUCUGUGAUCCACGGCACCACUCACGAACGGAAUUUCAAUAUCGACCAGUUUAUCAACCAGUGGCUCCUGGAAUCUACCAGGCACUCACCGCCUACUCUCCCGCUGAUAUCCAGGUUGCUACCGCCGUACCCCAUAUCCAGGAUUCUCGGAUGGACACCGCCGGAGAAGAUCAUCCGGCCGAACAACUACAACAGAGAUUUCUACGAUAUUCAGCAGAUCCCAUGGUGGGAAGCCCUACGCAUUAAGCGGUCGGAUGCGCGUGAACUGCGAGACCUCUGGUAUACAUCGUAUCACAACGUUGACUAUCCGCACCAUCAGUUGGACGGCAAACUUCCGCAGGAAGAGUUCUAUUUUCGAGAGAAAUCGAUGCACACUAAGCAUCGUGCCUCUAUCGAACACUUCCAGCUGCGGAAUCUGAUAUCUGUCCCUGCAUACAACACGGUCCAUUUCUCGCACGAGUCGAAAGUCUACUCGUGGGUUCCGGCGCAUGACGACCUGAGUUGCUUGAUUGACCUGUCCAAACCGCCAAUUAAUUCUGGAUUCCGCGGCCCUGUCAAAAUCUCGACCAUGAAAUCUGCGCACAAUAUCUGCAUCGCCGGUGGGUUUACCGGGGAAUAUGCCCUGCGACCGGCGGGCAAGGAGGGCGCAAAGGUGGAGGGGUUUGUGACGACCAAUGCGAAUGGCAUCACCAACCACAUUGAUAUCGUCCCGAGCCGGACAAGUCACGCUCCGAUGGGGAUAUUUGCGUCGAAUGACCAGCACCUUCGCGUGCUGGAUUGCGAGACUAACACUUUUAUUGCGGAUCACGAGCUGUCGCGAGCAAUCAAUUGCACCGCCACGUCCCCGGAUGGGCGGUUGCGUGUGGUCAUCGGGGAUUCCCCAGAUGCUUGGGUAGUAGAAGCAGACACAGGACGACCGGUGCAGCCGCUGCGCGGUCAUCGCGACUUCGGCUUUGCGUGCGCAUGGUCGCCAGACAUGCGACACAUCGCUACCAGCAACCAAGACAAGACUGUGAUCAUCUGGGACGCGCGCACUUGGCGAAUCUUACAAACGAUCGAGUCAGACGUAGCAGGGUAUCGCUCUGUACGAUUCUCCCCGGUCGGCGGAGGCCCACGAACGCUGCUACUGGCCGAGCCGGCUGACCGGAUCGCCAUCGUCAACGCGCAGACGUACCAGACCCGACAGGUCCAUGAUUUCUUCGGAGAGAUUGGCGGAGCGGACUUUUCGCCGGACGGCAGCACGAUCUGGGUGGCGAACACGGACGAGCAUUUUGGCGGGUUCAUGGAGUUUGACCGCCGACAAUGGGGCCAGCCGUACGGACCACGGGGCUUCCCAACGAGUGGAUACGGGAGGCGGACCUCGACGAGGACGAACGGUGUGUGCUCAGCGAGCGGGAGCGACAGAUGA